AUGGAUUCUUUUGUCUUAAAAAGCACAAGUUUAUUCAACAAUAACAAUAAUGAUUCAUUAACAUUCUCACCAUUCAUUUCAUCCACACCUUUCUCUUCAUGUGAUGUACCCAAGAUUUCCGGUUUACAAGCUGAUCAAAAUCGUUUAGUUUCUACGUCACCCUUUCUUGGACUCCAUAAUUCUUCUAAAGCUUUUCAACAUAAUAAUCUACCAAAUAAUAGUAUUGAUAGUAGUACAAAUGAUAAUGAUCAAAACCUCAAUCAUCAAAAUGUUAAACAAACAAGUGAAGAAUUACAACAUGAUCACAAAAACCAACAAUUAUUGCCAUCUCAAUUACUUUCAAGUAAUUCACCGUAUUAUUUAGUAAAUAAAACAUGGACAAUGGGAAACAGAAACCUAUUAAGGAGACUUGCUAGAGUUUCUCAUGACAAUUUUCAUCCAUAUAACAGAAGAACCGUAAAUAAUAUAGAUGAUGCAUCAAAAAUAUCUGCAGAUGCAUAUUCCGCAAUACAAUAUCAAGGUUAUGAUUGGAGUCAUAAAUCGAUCGAUUUUGGCCAAGGGAAAAAAUCAUCAUAUGCAUCAGUAUCUAGACGUGAAUUUCAACUUAAAACAGUAUCUAAAGUUAUAGAUAUAUGUGGUGAAAAUAUUCCUGUGAGUGUACCUCCCAUAUCAAUUUGGUCUCAGCCACAAAGGUUUGCUAAAAAAGCAAUCAAAUAUUUGGAGAAAGUUGAUGCAGUUUCAGAUGAUGAAACAGAUAUUCCAAAUUUCGAAGAAGGAGACUAG